AUGAAAUUUGUCAAAUAAUCUGUCAAAAGCAGGUCAAAAGUACCGUGAGUUUGCAUUUGUGCAUUUAUAACACUGUUUAUUGUGUUUUCAGUAUAACAAACUGCUAUCUUCUAUUCUGCAAUAACUAAAAUUUACUAAAAUGACUACUAAUGGAGAUAUCGGCGGUCUUGACGCCAGUGGGAAGAUCGUAAAAAUGGAAGUGGACUAUAGCACCACAUGUGAUGAGAAGAUUCCUAUGUGGAAAUCAUGGGCUGCUAAGGGACGAGUGCAGGAAGCCAUUGAUCAGCUUCUGGCGCUUGAAAAACAAACCAGAACUGGAGCUGACAUGGCAUCCACCGCUCGUAUCUUAGUGACGGUGGUUCAAAUUUGUUACGAGGCUAAGAAUUGGUCAGCCCUGAAUGAUCACAUUGUACUACUGUCUAAAAGAAGAUCACAACUAAAACAAGCGGUAGUCAAAAUGGUGCAAGAAUGCUACACCUAUGUCGACAAAACACCAGACAAAGAAACAAAAAUUAAACUUAUUGAGACAUUAAGAUCGAUAACCGAAGGCAAAAUCUAUGUAGAGGUUGAACGAGCUAGACUCACGCACAUCCUGGCCAAGAUUAGGGAAGAGGAAGGUGACGUGAAUGAGGCUGCUAAGAUCAUCCAGGAGUUGCAAGUGGAGACAUACGGUUCCAUGGAUAAGAGAGAGAAAGUGGAGCUGAUAUUGGAGCAGAUGAGGCUCUGUUUGGCGAUAAAGGAUUAUAUCCGUACGCAUAUUAUUUCUAAGAAGAUCAAUACCAAGUUCUUUGAAGAGGAGAACACUCAGGAGCUAAAAGACAAAUACUACCGCAUAAUGAUAGCUGUAGACCAGCACAAUGCCGCGUAUCUCUCUGUGUGUCGUCACUUCCGUGCGCUGGGCUCGGCGGCCGGCCCUGACGCGCUCAUCGGCAGCGUGGUGUUCCUCAUACUGGCUCCAUAUGACAACGAGCAGUCGGACCUCACGCAUCGGCUUAAUGAGGACAAGGAGUUGGAUAAACUGCCUGACUACAAGCAGUUGCUCGGCAUGUUCAUAAAUCCGGAGAUCAUCAGAUGGAAUGUGCUAUGCUCUACAUACGAGAAGAUGCUCCGUGGCACACCUUACUUCGAUCCAUCAGACGAAAAGGGGCUGGAGCGUUGGAACGACCUUAAAAACAGGGUUGUGGAACACAACAUCCGCAUAAUGUCGAUGUACUACACGCGCAUCACGCUGCAGCGCAUGAGCUCGCUGCUGGGGCUGAGCGAGCCGGAGACGGAGGAGGCGCUGAGCGCGCUGGUGGUGAGCGGCGUCGUGCGCGCCAAGAUCGACCGCCCCGCCGGCGUCGUGCACUUCAGUCUAAACAUGGACGCGUCAGACCGUCUCAACGAAUGGUCAAAUAACCUCAACACUUUGAUGCAACUCGUGAACAAGACCACACAUCUUAUCAACAAAGAGGAAUGCGUCCACAAACAUCUUCUAGCCACUUCUGAAUGAGUACACUAAAUAUUGGCGAUGGAGUAGACGCUAUCCGGAUAGAUAGUUUUAGAUCGACCAGAAAUAAGCCAAUUCAAAAAGGAUUUUGUGAGUGUUUCGAUCAACCUUUGUUCUGAUUAGUCGAUUUGAUCUACGAAUCGUUUAUUAAGGGCGAUGGCAGAUAAAUAUUUCUCUAAAACAGUGGUAUUUAUCAUCUACCGCAGGUUGUCUACUGCUGAACAUGGGUCUCCCCCGGUGGUUAAACCUGUUCGAAAA